AGCUGAGAGAGAGAGAGAGCGCGCGCUUGAUGAGCCGAGUCUCCUCCCACCUGUUAGAGCUCUCCCUCUCGGCGCAACGCUUCCACCACCUCCUGAAGGCCUGCAUCGCCGGCCGAGACCUCGCCUCCGGUCGCGCCCUCCACGGCCUCUACGUGAAGUCCGCCGUGCCCCCCUCCACCUACCUCUCCAACCACCUCGUGCUCCUUUACUCCAAAUGCCGCCGACUCUCCCUCGCCCGCCGCUCGUUCGACGAAAUUGCCCAGCCAAACGUCUUCUCCUACAACGCCCUCCUCGCCGCCUACGCCCGCGACUACCCCGCCGACGUCUCUCGCUGCCUCUUCCUUCAAAUCCCCGCCCCCGACCUCGUCUCCUACAAUACUCUCCUCUCGGCGUAUGCCACCGAGGGCCGGGCUUCAGAGGCCCUCCAGCUCUUCUCCAACAUGCGCCACCUGGGCUCCGACAUGGAUGGAUUUACUCUUUCCUCUGUUAUUUCUUCUCUCACCAAUGGCGUCGACCAGUUGCACUGGCUCGCCAUUUCCUCCGGUCUCGAUUCUUACGUAUCUGUUAACAAUGCUCUGAUCAGUGCAUACAGUAAAGGUGGGAACUUGGAUGAAGCCAAGCAGGUUUUCGAAGAAAUGGGCUUUUCACGAGAUGGAGUUUCCUGGAAUUGUAUGAUAGUGGCUUAUGGGCAACACAGGGAGGGGCCAAAAGCUCUCAACUUGUUCCAAGAAAUGGUCAGGAGAGGCUUCGAGGUCGACAUGUUCACUCUGGCGAGUGUGCUGACAGCGUUCACGAGUGUGAAAGAUUUGUUGGGUGGCGAACAAUUUCAUGCUCAGCUGAUUAAGAGCGCAUUCGAGAGAAAUUCACAUGUGGGUAGUGGACUCAUUGAUCUGUAUUCGAAGUGUGGCAGGAUUCUUGAUGCGAGGAAGGUGUUUGAAGAGGUAGAUGAGCCUGACUUGGUUUUGUGGAAUACAAUGAUAUCAGGGUACUCUUUGAAUGAUGAAUUUUCUGAGGAGGGUCUUAAUUGCUUUCGAGAGAUGCAGCGGUCUGGGUUUCGCCCUGAUGAUUGCAGCUUUGUGUGUGCCAUCAGUGCUUGCUCGAACUUAUCAUCGCCGUCCCAAGGGAAGCAGAUGCAUGCAUUAGCCAUCAAGUCUGAGUUCCCAAACAACCAAAUUUCAGUUAACAAUGCAUUGAUUGCCAUGUACUCGAAAUGUGGUAACCUCAAAGAUGCUCACAGACUGUUCAAGAGGAUGCCUGAAUGUAACACAGUCUCCUUCAAUUCGAUGAUCGCUGGUUAUGCUCAGCAUGGACUAGGAAAUGAGGCACUGGUUCUGUUCAAGGAGAUGAUUGACUCAAACUAUGAUCCCACAAGCAUCACUUUUAUUUCAGUACUCUCUGCAUGUGCUCACACUGGAAGGGUUGAGGAAGGUCAGGACCAUUUCAAUUCAAUGAAUCAAAAGUAUGGUAUUGAACCAGGUGAAGAGCAUUACUCGUGCAUGAUCGACCUUCUUGCCCGUGCUGGAAAAUUUGAGGAAGUUGAGGAGCUUAUCAGGACAAUGCCUUUCGAUCCAGGAUCAAUUGGAUGGGCUGCAUUGCUUGGUGCUUGUAGGACUCAUGGAAAUGUAGAGCUUGGAGCGAAGGCAGCGGAGAUGCUCCUUCAGCUGGAGCCUUCAAAUGCAGCUGCCUAUGUGAUGCUCUCAAACAUGUAUGCAAGCACAGGGAGAUGGGAUGAGGUUUCUACAGUUCGGAAACUUAUGAAAGAUCGAGGGGUUCGGAAGAAACCUGGUUGUAGUUGGAUUGAAGUGGAGAAGAGGAUUCAUGUGUUUGUGGCUGAUGAUGUUUCACACCCGAGGAUUAAGGAGAUUUAUGAGUUUUUGGAGGAGAUGUCAAGGAAGAUGAAGCAGGCUGGGUAUGUACCAGAUGUGAGAUGGGCUUUGGCAAGGGACAAUGUUAUAGAAGGGGAAACAAGGUUGGGCCACCAUAGUGAGAAGCUUGCUGUUGCAUUUGGGUUAAUCAGCACUGGAGAAGGAGUGCCAAUACUGGUGGUGAAGAACCUUAGGAUAUGCGGGGAUUGCCACAAUGCAAUCAAGUUCAUUUCUGCAAUAGUUGGGAGAGAAAUUACUAUCAGGGAUGCGCAUAGGUUUCAUUGUUUCAGGGAAGGGAGUUGCUCUUGUGGAGACUACUGGUGAACGUAUCUGACUCAAGGCAGGAAAGGGUCCUGCCAUUUGGAAUACCACUUCCUGCUGCUGUGGUAAUGUGUAUGUUGAUCACAAUACCUGGGUUCAUAACUAGCAUCUCCAUGACAAGCUAAUAUAUAAAGCAGCGUGCAAAGCUAUUUUCCAGGGAGUCCAAUGAAUGUCAUCCAUCUUGAGUUAGCAGCCAAUGCAGUAGAUUUAUCACCAAUGCCCAAAUAUUCUGAGAUCCCCUUUGUUCACAAAUGGUUGCCACAGCUUCCAUCUGACACAGGUUGCAGGUUGUAAAGAAUUACCGAUCAUCAAUCAAGAGGAGAUAUGAGUCACAGCAUUCCACGAAUUUCUUGAUAUGGCUUGCAGAUAUUCUGAAGAAAAAUAUUCUGUUUAUUUAGUCCAAUUAAGGAGGUAUACUUAGGUUCUCUCAUCCUUCAGUGACUUCAUCCUAGGAAUGGCUAGGUGAACCAGUAAAGAAUGAGUACUUCAUGGGCAUUCUGCUACAAUACGGCUUUCUAUGGAGCAGACUUAUGCAAGGUACCAUCUGCCAUGUGGCAAUACUGAAGGCACUCAAGAUCAACAUCUGGGAAUUUGUUAGGUGCUGACAUAUCUUUGUCUCUGCAUAGUUCUCCUUCUCUGUGUAAACUACGGUCUCAAACAAGGUCAGUGGAUGCUGGUAACUUAAAAAGACCUUGUUACCAUCAUUGGGCAUUUUAGGUGCCA